ACUCUUAAGCGCGUCGCUCGACUUUACGUGUGGACGCAUUACGGCGGCCGAGGAGAGAAAUGUGGGCGCGUGCGGUGUUGCUGGGCCAUCGGUCCUGGAUGGGCUGGCACCGGGGCUUCACCUCCAAGACGGAUCCUCAGGGUAGUGGCCGUGUCACGGCUGAGGUGAUCGAGCACCUGGAGCGUCUAGCGCUUGUGGACUUCGGCAGCCAAGAGGCCGUGGCACGACUGGAGAAAGCCAUCGCCUUUGCCGACAGGCUCCGCGCCGUGGACACGGACGGGGUGGAGCCCAUGGAAUCAGUAUUGGAGGACAGAUGUCUGUACUUGAGAUCUGACAAUGUGGUAGAAGGCAACUGUGUUGAAGAACUACUACAAAAUGCCCAUCGAGUUGUGGAGGAGUAUUUUGUGGCUCCCCCAGGUAAUAUCUCUUUGCCAAAGCAGGAUGAACAACAGCCCUUUUCACACAACUGACUAGCUAUUCAUGGAGGCCCAAAGAUAGUAUUUUGUUAUCACGAACACAAAUAUUUCCACUUUCUUCGGUUACCUGAAAAAAAACUGAUGUUUAAGUGAUUUUUAGUAACUAACUCUCUGAAGACAACAUUGGGAAAUAUCUAGCCAAAACAAGGCAAUGAGUUCCUGCUUCUACUGGAAGUAAAAGGUACUGUCACUUUCUGAGGAAAUGAAUCAAAUAUUUAUUCACACA